CCCAGCAGCGCGCAUACUAUUUUAAACUUCGGCAACUCACUGAAUUUGAAGAGCUAAUACUUCAACGAAAUGUCGAAAACAAAUACUUUAAGCCACUUAAUUGUCGGCUUACUGCUACUCGGUGGCUUAAUAGAAGCACAGCACGAGCCACACUGGUGGGGUAAUCGCAAUAGUAUUGUGCAUCUCUUUGAAUGGAAGUGGGCUGAUAUAGCGAAGGAGUGUGAAGACUUCUUAGCGCCACACGGUUUUGCUGGCGUACAGGUCUCGCCAGUGGCUGAGAAUGUAGUGAUCGCGGGACGCCCGUGGUGGGAGCGUUAUCAACCAAUCUCCUACAAACUGGUUACGCGUUCCGGCAAUGAGGCCGAGUUCGCCGAUAUGUUGCGCAGAUGUAACGCUGUAGGCGUGCGUAUUUAUGUCGAUGUGCUGCUCAAUCAUAUGGCUGCCUCACAUGAGGGCAUCGUAAAAGGCACGGGCGGCUCGAUUGCCAAUCCGAGUACGAAGUAUUUCCCGGCUGUGCCUUACGCUGAAAUCGAUUUCCAUCCAAGCUGUGAAAUCCAUGAUUGGAAUGAUCGUUUCCAAGUGCAAAACUGUGAACUAGUUAGUUUGAAGGAUUUGGAUCAGAGUACCGAAUGGGUGCGUGAACGUCUUGUGGAGUUCCUCGAUCAUUUGAUUAAGUUAGGUGUGGCGGGUUUCCGUGUGGAUGCCGCUAAACAUAUGCCAGCAGAGGAUUUGAAGAUCAUCUACGACCGUGUACGUGAUCUCAAUAUCGUGCACGGCUUUCCACACAAUGCACGUCCUUUCAUUUAUCAAGAGGUCAUAGAUCAUGGUCACGAGACAAUUAAUAAAUAUGAGUACAGUCCGCUGGGCGCUGUUACGGAAUUCCGCUUCUCGCAGGAGAUUGGUGGCGCCUUCCGUGGUCACAAUCAACUUAAGUGGUUGCAAAGCUGGGGUCCUGCUUGGGGUUUCUUACCCUCCGAACAUGCUUUCGUUUUCGUCGAUAAUCAUGAUAAUCAACGUGACGGUGGCAAUGUGCUCACCUAUAAAAAUGCCAAGCAAUACAAAAUGGCCACCGCAUUCACUCUGGCUUACCCAUAUGGCAUAACACGUGUGAUGAGCUCUUUUGAUUUCCAAGAUCAUGAUCAAGCACCACCCGCAGAUGAAAACGAACAAUUACUCUCACCGGAAUUCGAUGCAGAUGGCGCUUGUGUUAACGGUUGGGUUUGUGAGCAUCGUUGGCGUCAAAUCUAUAAUAUGGUGGGCUUCAAGAAUGCUGUGCGCGGCACCGAAGUGUCAAAUUGGUGGGACAAUGGCGAUAAUCAAAUUGCCUUCUGUCGUGGAAAUCGUGGCUUUAUCGCCUUCAACAACAAUAACUGGGAUCUGAGGGAGCGUUUACACACUUGUCUGCCGGCGGGUGUUUACUGUGAUGUGAUUUCCGGUGCGCUUGUGGCUGGAAAAUGCACAAGUAAAUCAGUGAUUGUGGAUGACGGGGGAUACGCCGAUAUUGAAUUGGGUGCAGACGAGUUCGAUGGCGUACUGGCCAUACAUGUGAAUGCGAAGUUGUAAACUGAAAACUGGCCUAGGGUUCAGAAGCUGACUAUAAACACUUGUACAAAAUACUCUUAUUUUCAUUUUCAAGAUUUUUGAAUAAUCAGCCAUUUAUCAAAAUUAA